CACCUCGCCGGCCCGACCUUGGGGGCGACUGCUGGCAUCGCAUAUUCUGCGCCCUACACCCUGCGUCAACCCGCAGUGACGAGUACUCGACACACUCAAUGGUCUAUUUGCCCCCACCACAUCUUGCGUCAGAGACGCGUCCUUCCUAUGGCGAGACCUACGCGAGGAUCCUUGCCACCCAUCGUCGCUCCCCCACCACCUCCGCAUCGUCCGUCAUCAUCCUCGUCGCUCCCGAUGUCGACGCGCUUUGUGCAGCUCAGAUGCUGGCUGAGCUCUUCAAGCAGGACGACGUCAUGUACCGAAUCAUCCCUGUCUCUGGGCAUGCCGAGCUUGAGCAUAUGAAAGACGAGCUUGCCACCUAUUCCGACCUACACACCUUGAUCCUCCUUAACAUGGGUUCCAUCCUCGAGCUGCCCUCCCCAGACUGGUUCGGCGACUUCGAUCCACGGUUGACAGUGCAUGUCAUCGACUCAUCAAGACCUCAAAACUUGCCGAAUUUAUUUGGGGGCGGAGAAAAUGGUGAGCGGAUCAUCGUCUGGGACGACGGCGGAGCAGAGCAUCUGCAGGAGGAGAGGAAAGCAUGGGAGGCCCUCACUUAUGAACCGGAGCCCGACUCUGACGAGGACGAGUCAGACUUUGGCUCGGAAGAAGACGAGGAGUCGCCAGAAGAGGAUGAGGAUGAGGAGGCAUACGAAGGCGGGAGUCCCUCUGGGCGCAAACGAAGAUCACUAGGCGAAGGUGAUUCUUCCAGAAAGCGACGCAGGCUUGAGCGCCGCUCGGCUCGUAUGUCAAGAGAACUUCGAGCGGAGUACUCAGCCCGGAUAGGGAAGCAUUAUAUGUCCGGGACGUGGCAUGGCCAAAGCGCCUCCGGUACGAUAUAUAUAUUGGCCACUGUGCUAGAGCGCGUCGACAACGACCUCCUAUGGCUAGCAAUACUGGGCCUUACAUACGACUACUCGACCUCCCGAAUAUCGCGAGAUGACUACGACAAAUACCAUUCGAUCUAUUACGACGAAGUCGCACGUCUCAAUCCCCCUCCACCUGCAUCUGCCGCCGCGGACUACGACUUCAAGCCGCAAAACCCCGACGAUACGUCCGUAUAUGCCUCAGACGAGCUACGAUUCACGAUGUUCCGCCACUGGAAUCUAUACGAUGCGAUGUAUCAUUCUUAUUAUGUAGCUAGUAAACUCGGCAUUUGGAAGGAGCGGGGGAAGAAGCGACUGACGGGAUUGCUCGCGAAGAUGGGUUUCUCAAUACCAGAGACACAGCAGCCGUACUCCCACAUGGCAAAAGACCUGAAGCUCUCCUUGCGCCACAAGCUCGACCAGAUCGCCCCGGAAUACGGCCUCGUCGAGCUCUCAUAUCCCUCCUUCACGCGCUGCUACGGCUACAGGUCACUGCCUCUCUCCGCCGCCGACGCUGUGGAGGCAGUCUCCGCGCUGCUCGAUGUAGCCGGCGGCGUGCGGAUGGAGAUCGAGGUAGAAGGUGCGCGUAAUGGCGGUGAGUGGUUCGGCGGAGGCCACGUGUGGAACGGCGGGAGGCAAGGUAGGCGAAGAGACGAGGAGCGGGAGAACAUCCCGCCGGGCGGCGCUGCGAGCGUCGUGAAGACAUCGAACGCGCUCGCGACCAUCGACGGGAAAGAAGACGGGGAUGGCGCAGAGCUGCAGUGGUGGGUGAAGAACUUCUGGACUGCGUUCGAUGCGCUGAACGAUAUCGUUCGGCUACGGGAGGCACUUCCUCUCUCCAUGGCGCUCCACCGCGCGAUUAUGCGCCAGGGUUCAUCCAUCAUCGACAAGCACGACAUCCGCACACUGCGUGGGCACCGUGUCGUCGUCCUCUCACAAGGUCCGGAUCUUGCCCUCUUCGCACACCCCGGUGUGCUCUCCCGCCUUGCGCUCUGGCUCGUCGAGGCGCUUCGCGAUCGCCUGCAGGGCACCCAGGUGGCAUUCUCGCGGAGCAAACGGAAGAGCCUGCCAUUGGUGCUUGCGUGCAUGAAUGAGAAGGAAGGAACGUACAUUGUCGUGGGUGUCAUGGGUGCCCUGGAUUUUGGUGACGUCCGGAAGAAUGAGUUUGGUCUCGCCUUCCUGGACGCAAGGGAACGGUGUAAUGCGCGGACGCGUCACGGUUCGUUUGACACGAGCGUUCUGGAGAUUCAGAAGGACGACCUCAAGGUCUUCCUCGAGACGUUGUGCGAGCGGCAUUGAUGCCACUGCGAGGAUAGCGACGUCGAUUGCCCAGAUGUUGGCCAUGCCUGAGCCGUAUGUAUUGAGUAGUCCGUGGUUAUAAUGUGCACUCG